GCUGAACCUUUGGAGUUUGAUAUGAUGAUUAGGGAAUAACUGGAGUGACACGUCGCAAACUCUCCAUAAUCAAGGAGACGUUUUUCCCCAGUGGUGAUCUCCCAAAUUGCUCAGUGAGCACCCCUAAUUAACCUGAUUUUUUGCUGAUAAUCACUCACAAUGGAAUCAAAUCACAAAUCCGGGGAUGGAUUGACCGGCACACAGAAAGAAGCCACCCUCCGCGCAUUAAUUCAGCGAACGGGAUAUAAUUUGAUCCAGGAAAAUGGGCAGAGGAAAUACGGAGGCCCACCACCAGGGUGGGACGGCCCUCCGCCAGAGAGGGGCUGCGAGAUCUUCAUUGGCAAGCUGCCCCGAGACCUCUUUGAAGAUGAACUUAUACCACUGUGCGAAAAAAUUGGCAAAAUCUAUGAAAUGAGAAUGAUGAUGGACUUCAAUGGCAACAAUAGGGGCUACGCCUUUGUGACCUUCUCGAAUAAACAGGAGGCAAAGAAUGCAAUAAAACAACUCAAUAAUUAUGAAAUUAGGAACGGGCGUCUCCUUGGGGUCUGUGCCAGCGUGGACAACUGCCGCCUCUUUGUGGGAGGCAUCCCCAAAACGAAGAAGAGGGAGGAAAUCUUAGCAGAGAUGAAGAAAGUCACAGACGGAGUUGUGGAUGUCAUUGUCUACCCUAGCGCAGCUGAUAAAACCAAAAACCGCGGUUUUGCUUUUGUGGAAUACGAAAGCCAUCGGGCAGCAGCAAUGGCCAGGAGAAAAUUGCUCCCAGGAAGGAUCCAGUUGUGGGGACACCCCAUCGCUGUUGACUGGGCAGAACCAGAAGUGGAGGUGGACGAAGACACCAUGUCAUCAGUAAAAAUCCUCUACGUGAGGAACCUCAUGCUCUCGACCACUGAAGAGACCAUCGAAAAGGAGUUCAACAACAUCAGACCAGGUGCAGUAGAGAGAGUAAAGAAAAUUAGAGACUAUGCUUUUGUGCACUUUAAUAAAAGAGAAGAUGCAGUUGAAGCUAUGAAAGCCUUAAAUGGAAAGGUGCUGGAUGGGUCCCCCAUUGAGGUGACGUUAGCCAAACCUGUUGACAAAGACAGCUACGUCAGAUACACCCGGGGCACAGGCGGCAGAGGUACCAUGCUGCAAGCAGAAUACACCUAUGCCUUCGGACACAUGUACGACCCCGCUGCCGCCUACUUGGGCGCCCCAGUUUUCUACGCACCCCAAGCCUAUGCGGCCAUCCCCAACCUCCACUUCCCCGCCACCAAGGGCCUCAGUAACAGGAGCAUCAUCCGUCCCCCGUCCAUCCGAGAAAUUUACAUGAAUGUACCUGUAGGGGCUGCGGGAGUUAGAGGACUGGGAGGUCGCGGCUACCUGGCGUACGCUGGCCUGGGGCGCGGAUACCAGCUCAAAGGAGAAAAGAGGGGAGAGGAUAAACUCUACGACCUCUUGCCAGGAAUGGAGCUCACGCCCAUGAACCAUGUCACCCUAAAGCCCCAAGGGAUCAAACUCGCUCCUCAGAUCUUAGAAGAAAUCUGCCAGAAAAACAACUGGGGACAGCCUGUUUACCAGCUCCACUCUGCAGUGGGCCAAGACCAAAGACAGCUCUUCCUGUACAAAGUCACCAUCCCUGCCCUCGCCAGCCAGAACCCCAACAUACAUCCCUUCACACCACCCAAGCUCAGCGCCUACAUUGAUGAAGCCAAAACCUACGCAGCAGAAUACACCCUGCAGACGCUGGGGAUUCCCACCGAGGGAGCCGAGGUGCCUCCUGCAGCACCAGCUUUUCCAGGAUACACCAUUGCAAACGCAGCCGGCACCGUUGCAGCCACUCAGCUCAAACAAGCGGUGACGAUGGGACAAGAUUUAGCGACAUAUGCAGCCUACGAAGCCUACCCUGCCUUUGCCGUGGCGGCACGCAGCGAUGGCUAUGGAGCAUUCUAAUCCUAUCUUUAAUUAAGCUCCCUAAAUCAAGCACAGGCAGGAAAAACAAAUCUCAGUCUGGUAAUUCUUACACCCUCAUGAUUUUAAGGUAAUCUGUCGCCUAAAGGUAGAUUUUAGUUGGAGUUUCAUUCUUGUAGUUCUUUAGUUUCAUAACAGGAUAGUAGGGGGCAAGGAGAAAUUUAAAAAGAAAUCAUUCAAAUUCAGAUUAUCGCACUAGAGAGCAAAAUCUCAGCCCAGACAAUGAGUGGUUCUCAGGUGUGUGUGUAUAUAUACAUACAUAUAUAUAUAUAUUUAUACACACCAUUGUGUGUAUGUUUACAAGCAAGAACCUGUGCUGACAACAGUUGGUGCCAUGGACAUGGUGACACAGGACCAGGGAAGGAUGGGCUGUCUCCAGCAAGCCCCUCCAUGCAUCAAAAACUCUCUCUUCACCCCAAAAUCUCCCAACCCAGGCAGAGCAGCAGGUAGAAUGAAAGACUGUAGAGAACUCCAUGCAGAGACCUCCCGUUUGCCUCUGAGCAUCCCAUGCCACCAGCACUGCUCUGCAGGGAUGUGUUCAGGCAUCCCAGGCAUCUCUUCAAUUCAUUCUGGCACAGCCAAGGGAAAAAAGACAUUUAUCAUAAACAAGUUGUCCAGCCUUACAGGCUAUUUUGCACACUCUUGAAUGGUAAUUUGAUUUUUAAAGCAGAAGGCAAGCAUUCAGCAUAGUUUUCCCUCUUUCUUUGCUGCUUCCCAGCCAUACCUACCAGUCACAAAAGAGCAAACAAUGGCGUAUUUUUUCCACCUCCCAUCAAAUGGCACAUUCAGUGAAACACAGGAAAACUUUCAGGACUAUUAAGGUUGAGGACCAGAAAAGUGGUUUUCGUUAGGGCCAACUCUCUGCUUAAUUAGAGCACAAGAGCUCACAGCUGUGGCCCACUAAUAACAGGCACCUCCACAGCAGUAAGAUUAUGUCUAAGGAACCCAUUUGAUGGGAUGGAACGAGCCCUGCCUGGCUACCAACGCUGCUUUACACAUUAAAGGAAGACUGCUGGCUGCUCUGCUUCUUGCAAAAAUUGGUUUAGUGGAAGAGGCAAAGGCACCUCUUGUUUUGGAGAGCACCGGUGUUGGUGUCGUUUUGGACGCUUUGGGGAUGUUGAGAGCAUCCUUUAAUUUACAGCAGGAAGGCAUUAUCUGUUUAUUUUUGCCAUUGGGUUGAGGCAGGAGUAAGGAGAGGUAUAGGAGAAACCCAGUGUUAGGUAACUAUAGCAGAUGUUAAUCCUGUAUAAUAUAUCCGAUACAGAACUGCACACUAAGAUAACUUGAAUCUGCUCAGUCUGGGGCCAUAAAAAAAACCCUUAGUGAAGGAGAAUUUACAAGUGGGUUGAUGAUACCCAUGGAUUCCAACAAAUCUGUCCCCAAAUUUUCCAUCCAGUCUAGAUGAUAUAAUGUGGCACUGUACAAGCCGUUUCAAGCGGAACUCUUUUUGAAUGUCCCCAAAGCUGUACAAAGCCGUGAUAAGGUGUUGACUACCAGGAGCAAAGCGUUUUCUAUUCUCAUGCUUUGGCUGACUCUAUUUCACUAGGAACAGAACAAAACCACAUAAGCUGCAUAGUUUACUGUCCUAUUAGACCCUUUUCUAUUUAUGAAGUAGCUCGUUAGUGUGAUCCUGAAGGUAUUUCAAGCCCUCUGGUUGCUGUUCAGCACACUUGGCUUUGCAGAAAACAAACCUAUUCACAGAGGGUGAAACAACCGAGAAUGUUAUGGGCAUCGUGGCUUUAUUUUCUCUCCUAUGUCUUUUAAGUUGUGUUUGAUUGCCAACAAGUACCGUAUCCACGCGAGCCUCUCCCUAGAUUAUUGUUGGCAGAAAGUGUUUCUCACUUUCCAUGUUCAGUAAUUUUAUUCUGCUUUUUCAGCUAUUUAUAUAAGUUCAGAAAGAUGUCAAAGAAAAGGGUAAGAAGCAGUAUUAAAAAGCGUGUGCAUGAAGCACUUAUUUUUGUACGCGUAGUACAAUAUUUGUAUAGAGUUUUAACACUAUGAAGUGUAGCGAGAAAAAAUCACACUGUCCAUUUACUGGAGGACAAUCAUGUAUGUUUAAAUAGAAUGAAGAGAAAAUGGCAUCUCAGUCAUCCAUUAUAAGGAAGUUAUAACUGGGAUUAAAUUCUGUGAAGCAAGACUGUAGUUCUAGAGUAAUUCAAGGACAUUAACUGGACUUUGAAAUAUCAUUAAAACUUUUUAAACCAA